UCGCGCUCGGGCGGCCCGCGCGCUCGCAGCAGCUGCCAGGCUCCAGGCGCUGGCGCCGGGGCCGCGGGGAGGAGGCGACUUCGCUCCCUGCGGUGGGCGCGGCCCGGGCGCCCAGAACCUUCAGGGUCUCGGAGGGCGACGGCCUCCCCGGGCGCGGCAAUACUGAGUGCUCCACAACGUGCAAGGUCUCCUAGCAACCUUCCCGAGGAAUCCUGCCUGGCCCCGAUCAGAAAGCUGCAGCCCCGGCCCCGAGAUUGAUGAGUUUGCCUUGGGAGUCGGUGAGAAGGUGAAGCCGAGGUAAAUAUGGGUCAGAAGGUCACCGGAGGAAUCAAGACUGUGGACAUGCGGGACCCCACCUACCGACCCCUGAAGCAGAAGCUGCAGGGGCUGGAUUACUGCAAGCCCACCCGACUGGACCUGCUGCUGGACAUGCCCCCCGUGUCCUACGACAUACAGCUGCUCCACUCGUGGAACAACAACGACCGCUCGCUCAACGUCUUCGUGAAGGAGGACGACAAGCUCAUCUUCCACCGGCAUCCGGUGGCCCAGAGCACGGACGCCAUCAGGGGCAAAGUGGGGUACACCUGCGGGCUGCAUGUGUGGCAGAUCACGUGGGCCAUGAGGCAACGAGGCACGCAUGCGGUGGUGGGCGUGGCCACGGCCGAUGCCCCCUUGCACUCGGUGGGGUACACCACCCUUGUGGGCAAUAACCACGAGUCCUGGGGCUGGGACUUGGGGCGCAACCGGCUCUACCAUGAUGGCAAGAACCAGCCAAGCAAAACCUACCCGGCCUUUCUGGAGCCGGAUGAGACGUUCAUUGUGCCCGACUCCUUCCUCGUGGCCCUGGACAUGGACGAUGGCACUCUGAGCUUCAUUGUGGACGGACAGUACAUGGGAGUGGCUUUUCGCGGGCUCAAAGGCAAAAAACUGUAUCCUGUAGUAAGCGCCGUCUGGGGCCACUGCGAGAUCCGCAUGCGCUACUUGAAUGGACUGGAUCCCGAGCCGCUGCCGCUCAUGGACCUGUGCCGCCGCUCGGUGCGCCUGGCGCUGGGGAAGGAGCGCCUGGGCGCCAUCCCCACGCUGCCGCUGCCCGCCUCCCUCAAGGCCUACCUCCUGUACCAGUGACGCGCCGGACGCCACCGCCCCGCAGCCGCCGGGCCAGCUCGCCGGGCCCCGCCCGCCCUGCCCCUGGCAUGGACGCCCGCCGCCGCCCUGGCAGAAGCAGCCUGCGCCCCCCUCCUCCUCCCCGCCGCCUCUGCCCCAGGCCUGGGGCCCGGACGCGGGGCCCUGCUCCUUCCCCAGGGGCGAGCCCCGGCCCCUCCGCCAACCACACGGAGAAUAAACUCCUACGAAAGCCUCCCUGGGCGCAGUCUGCUCUUGGGAGGGGCCGGCUGCUUUGAGUACUGGCGUCCCCUGGGGACGGGGCUCCUAAGGUGAUGGGGCCAGUGGAAGGUUCCAGAGCUUGACAGCAAUCCCAGGGGUGGGAAGGGCGGAGGCCAGGCUGCAGGUGAGGCUCAGGGGGCCUGCCCGGUAGAUGCCAGGACCGAGCCCCAGGGGGGUAGCACCCAGCUCGGACCCCGGCCGCCCAUGCCCCAUACCCUGUAUUUAUUCUCUUAACAAUAACAAAGGCCAUUUAUUUAUUCCAUUUAGAAAGGAAAACUCUCGUUCAGCCUCCUCCCCUCGGAGUGUUCUGUUGCUUUCUGCCUCCUCCCAGGGCUCGUGGGCCGCACCUGUCUUUCCCGGGGUCCCGCCUGCACGCGGGCACGGGGUGACUUUGUGUGCACCCCUCGCCUACUUUCCGGGGGCUGUCGCCCAGCUCCCGUGCCGGCCGUGCGGGUUCCCGGGGUCCCGGGGUAGCCACUUCGCUCCGGGGUUCAUGCGUCCUUGCACACGUGGGAGUUUCCUUCGUCCUCGGUAGGUUGGUUUCCUGUUGUUCGUUCGUUCGUUUGUUUGGUGUUGGUGUUUUGGGUGUGAGUUUCAAUUCCCAUCUGCGUUUCCCGCUGAGUUUCCCAGGGCGGCCGCAGAAGCUCUGGGCCCCGAAUAUCGGGCGGAGAAAGGGAGAGAAAGGAGUGGAUCUCAGGGCUCUCGACGCCAGGCCCCGCGUGCACAGGGGAGACCAGAGCUGAGCCUUACAGCAGCCAGCGCCCCCAGCUCAUCAUCCCCAGGGCCUCCGGGGUGGGGGGACCCCAGGCCCCAGCAGCCCCCAGGUAGCACUCAGCACCUGCCACGGCCCCCGCCAGUUCUUUUAUCUUGAAAUCAGCUCUCUUAGAAUCUGAGGUCUGUUCAUUCCUGCACAGGUACAAUAGAUGUCUUUAUGUGUUUAAAAUGUUUAAUAUAUAUACAUAUAUAUUUGUCCAUAAGAUUAUGUUUUAAGCAGCUGCUGUAGGGUACCGUUAAAAAGAAAUUUCUUCCAGUGAAGUAUAUGUUUUAAAGCACACAAUGGGUGCCAAGACUGGGUGAGGAAUGGGUGCUGCCCCUUCGCGGGGUGGGGUUUUUUCCCCCUUGGGGCAGGAGACCUUUCCCGCGAGACUCUUGAAGAUCAUUCCCCUUGCUCCACUUUCAGGGUGGGUCGCGUUCUAGCAAAUGUUGCACAAGAGCAGGGGUCUACUUGUCUAGACCCCCCCACUUGUCACCUGGACCCCACUGCCCCCGUGGGAGCUGGUGAAUCACUAGGCUCUCCCUGCACCCCCCAGCCUCCUGGGGGUCCUCAACCCCGCCCUCCUUCCCAAGCCCAGAGCCUUGUGGCAUGUACAGUUUUGAAACUCCCGUUCUAUUUUAUGAUGGUUCAUAAUAGUCACCUAAUAAAGGAAAGUUUGUUAAAAUA